GAGAAGAGAGUAACGAAAAAUAAAACUCUAUUCCAACAGCGUGUUCGCGGCGGAAUUUUCAGCUCUCACUCUCAAACGCAGCCGUCAGAACAAGACGAGUCACAGUCGAAGUGGGGCCGAGUUUAAUUGCAGCGUUCCUUGAUGUUCAGAUUUCUUUUAUGACUAAUUCACUUUUUAUCACGAAGGAUAAAAAAAAAGAGAGAGGGAUUGAUUAAUGGAAUAUUUUUGAAAGCCGAGAGGACUGCGUCGUUCUGACUGGAAACCUGUUUUUGAUAUUUUCGGUGUUUUGUUUAUUUAAUUGUCGGAACUGAUAGUUUGCAUUUGCGUGUGGAUUAUUCUGUGGCGGGAAUCGUAGUAAAACAUGUGUUACUACUCAGUUUCCUGUUAGUGCGGAAUCCGUGUUUUUAUGUCAACAGAAAUGAAUAACAGGUAAUCUAACUGGUAGCUGCGGAAGCUUGUAAUCAUGGGUCUCUCCUGUGGAGCAAAAUGUGCCAAAGGCCUUCUGGUCACUUUUAAUUUAUUCUUCUGGGUGUCGGGAUGCUUCCUAUUGGCGGUGGGCAUAUACCUGCUGGUGGACAAGGAAAAGAGCACUCUCUUCGUUCUGUUCCAUGAGCCAGGAUUGAAUUACGCACUGAGCCAGUACUUAGCGUGGGCUCUAGUGGGCAUUGGCGGAAUCAUAUUUUUUGUGGGCUUCUGUGGAUGCUGUGGGGCUGUUCGAGAGAACAGGGGUAUGCUCGUCACAUACUUCAUCUUUCUCUUCCUUAUUUUGGCGGCGGAACUAGCAGUGGGCAUACUCAGCGCAAUCUUCCAGGAUAAGACUUUGGAUAAACUAGAAGGACUUACAUCCGUCUUGAAGGAAGAAUAUGGCAUCAAUGUCCAAACAACAGAAGCUUUGGAUUUUGCUCAGACAAGAUUCAACUGCUGUGGCAUUCUUGGUCCUGAGGAUUAUGAAGAAAGCGCCUGGAAAGUUCAGGACUUGGGCAAAGGAGCCCUCGUUGCUAAGACUUGUUGUUUGUUGUCCAAUAAUGACCACCUGGAUCCAAAGCCCAUCAACGCCACCUGGUGUCAAUCAGAUAAACCAGCCGAGAAUAUUCACUUCAGGAAUACAGAGGGAUGUGUGAUAAAACUACAUGAGUUCGUGAAACAGACGAGCAUUCUUUUAGUGGCGAUUGGUUGCGGCAUAGCAGCUCUGGAAAUAUUUGGAAUGGUUUUCGCUAUGUGCCUUUGCAAAGAAGUAUGAAGAUGAGAGAUGCAUGAUCCAUAUUGUUAGAAAGCAUUUUUAGUAAGCUCAAUUCAUCGCACUUUGUAUUUCAUUCACUUUCAUAGAUGUGAUAUUGUAAAAUCUUUUUUAAACUUUUUAUGUGAGACUGAUGAGAAUUGUGGUGGCAUGAUGUAUUAUAAUAAGACAAUCUUGCACUAUUAAAUGUCACCACAAGUUCCAGUGUAUUUUCAUGCACAAAAGAAGCAAAAAACUGUUAUGAUUUUCA